AUGUCGAAGCUUGUUGCACCAUCAGUGCUCCCCGCCGUGGUCGCGCUGAUCGUGCUGUGCGCGUGCACGACGCCCGCGCGCGGCGGCGACGACUACACGGCGUUCGUGUACGCCGGGUGCUCGCAGGGGCGGUACGACCCCGGGUCGCAGUACGCCGCGGACGUGGACACCGCGCUGUCGUCCCUCGUGAACAGCGCAGGCUUCACCGCCUACGCCAACUACACCUCGCCGCCGUCGGCCGCGUCGACAGGCCAGCUGGUGGGCGUGUACCAGUGCCGCUCCGACCUCCCCGCCGCGGUGUGCGGCGUCUGCGUGAAGUCGGCCGUGUCCAAGCUCUCCUCGCUCUGCAACACGGCGGCGGGCGCCGCAGUGCAGCUGCGCGCCUGCUUCGUGCGGUACGGGAACGACUCGUUCCUGGGGAAGCAGGACACGACGGUGCUGUUCAAGAAGUGCAGCGGCGAGAACGCCGGGGACACGGGCGUGGUGGCCAUGCGCGACGCGGCGCUGGGCGCGCUCGUGGCCGCCGCGGCGCCCGCCGACGAAGGAUCGUACCGCGCGGGGGCGGCCGGGUACGUGCAGGCCAUGUCGCAGUGCGUCGGUGACCUCGGCGCCAAGGCCUGCACCGACUGCGUCUCCGCCGCGUCCUCGCAGCUCAAGGCCGGCUGCGGCUACGCCUCCGCGGGGGAGGUGUACCUCGGCAAGUGCUACGCGCGCUUCUGGUCCAAUGCCGGCGGCGGCACCGGCACCGGCGGAGGAGUACCGGUCGUCGGAGGUGGCGCCGGUACGGCGGGCGGCGGCAAUGUCAUCGGUGGCGGCGGCGGUGUAGGAGGAGCAGCAGGCAAUGGAUACGCAUAUGGCGGAUUCGUGCCGAACACGUACGGACAGCACGAUGAAUCUGGGAAAACCCUUGCCAUCAUCAUCGGCCUGGUGGCAGCGGUCGCCAUUGUUAUCGUCUUCCUCUCCUUCCUCCGUAGGGCCGGCGGUGUCGGCGGCAAAAGCUAA